GGCGCAGCAGCAGCCCGAGCGGGAGGAGGAGCCACGGGCCGAUCACCUGCGCCCCCUCCCGCGGCGUCCGGACUCCUGGCCAGUCUCCGCGCCCGGGCAGCGCGCCACGAAGGAGGAGGAAGCCCCGCCCGCUAAUGCAACAGCCCCGGCCCCGGCCCCGGCCCCGGCCCGGCCCGCUCCGCUCCGCUUCGCUCCCGUCCUGCGGGGACCGAACACCAUGGCCAGGAAGGUGAUCGCGGUGCUGCCGCCGCUGCUGCUCUGCGGGAUCGGCAUCGUGGGCAUCCUGCUGCUGUGCCUGCCCACCAAGGACCUGCGGGAGCCGCCGGGCUUCAAGUAUGGAAUCGUUCUGGACGCCGGCUCCUCCCACACUACCAUGUUCGUCUACAAGUGGCCUGCGGACAAUGAGAAUGACACAGGGAUUGUCAGCCAGCACAGCAUGUGCGACGUGGAAGGUGGUGGGAUUUCCAGCUAUGCAGAGAACCCCCCGGCCGCCGGCAAGAGCCUCAAACAGUGUCUCAACCAGGCUGUGAGCGACGUCCCCAGGGAAAGGCAUCCACUCACCCCCCUCUACCUGGGGGCCACCGCUGGCAUGAGGCUGCUGAACCUCACCAACUCGACGGCCUCGGACAGCAUCCUCAGCGCAGUGACCUCAACACUGAAGUCAUACCCCUUUGACUUUCGGGGGGCAAAAAUUCUGUUGGGUGAAGACGAGGGGUUGUUUGGCUGGGUCACAGCUAACUAUCUCCUGGAGAACUUAAUCAAGUACAGCUGGAUUGGGCAGUGGUUCCGGCCAAAGAGACCCACAUUGGGGGCCAUGGACUUGGGGGGAGCCUCUACCCAGAUCACCUUUGAAACCCAGAACCUGAUUGAGGACCCCCAGGAUGGGGUGAUGCUGCGGCUCUACGGACAGACGUACAAGGUGUACACCCACAGCUUCCUGUGCUACGGCAGGGACCAGAUCCUCAGGAGGACGCUCUCCAAGGUCAUGAAGGCUAACGGCUACAAAACAAACAUGUCCAACCCCUGCUGGCCCAAAGGCUAUCGAAGGAACUUCACACUCCAAGACGUCUACAACUCUCCCUGCACAGCAGCUGAGAAGCCUGACCGCUACGAUCCCCAACGUACCAUCGACAUGGGGGGAUCCGGGAACACGGCCCAGUGCCACCUGCAUGUGGACAGUCUCUUCAAUUUCACCAGCUGCAGCUUCUCCAGCUGCUCCUUCGACGGGGUUUUCCAGCCCAACCUUUCAGGAAACUUCAUUGCCUUCUCUGCCUUUUUCUACACGGUGGAUUUUAUCCAGACUGUGAUGAAGAGACGCGUGGCCUCACCAAAAGACCUUAACGCUGCUGCCGAAGAAAUCUGCAGUGCCAGCUGGACCGAGCUGUUGCAAAAAGCCCCAAAGCAGGAGAAGUGGUUGCCAGAUUACUGCACGGUUGCCAGCUUUGUUUAUUUGCUGAUCACCAAGGGCUACCGCUUUGAUGAGAGCUCUUUCCCCAACAUCACCUUCCUGAAAAAGGCUGGGGACACUUCCAUUGGCUGGGCCCUGGGCUACAUGCUGAACCUCACCAAUAUGAUCCCGGCUGACAAAGUGGGUUUCCGAAAGGGCGUGAACUACAGCUCCUGGGUCAUCCUCAUCCUCCUCUUUGUGGCUGUAAUCCUGAUGGCACUGGUGACAGCGUUCUGCCUGCUCCGGUCUGGCAAGCAGCACCGCACCAUGUAGGAGAUGGGCGGAAGAGGCCAAGAGACAUGGCUCCCUGGAGCUGACGUGAGCUCCACUGAUCCUGGCAGGUGACCCAGCAUCCUACAUACUUCAAAUGUGAGCGUUUCCUGGAGGCCCUGUCCCUCCCCGCUGCCUGUUUGUAGCCCUGAGGGAAACCAGUCCUGUUGCCUUUCUUUCCUCCCUGAUUGGAAGCCGGAGAAGCAGACAGAAGAGGAGAACUGACACCCAGGGAGCUGCAUGAGGAGCAAAUGUAAAUGGUUUCCUAGUGCAUCUCCUUUGGUGCAUCCUGGAACAGCAUCAGAGCCUGGACAGCCAGAUCCGGGGCAUCCUCCUUUGCCCCUCACCAGAUGGAGACCAGACACACAGUAAACAGACGGCAACAGCCAGCGGGCAACUGGCUCUGUGCAAAGGGAGGGAGGUUUUUAUACUCGCAUCCAAAGGGGUGGGGUUCAUGGUGGAGAGGGUUACUUACCUAAGCAUCUCUGGAAGGCUUUUCCCUCCAGACCCCGUACCUGGAGACCUGUCCUAUCCCUUCCCGGGAAUUUGUGACUUGUGGUCCUGAGUGUAACCUAUGGACCUGCAAGGACCAAAUCACAGUCCCCAGGAAGUCUCUGGGAGUUUGGCCAUUGAUCUCAGUGGUAUUCGGCUCUCCCCAGGCCCGGGAAGCCCCUCCAUCUCUGCAGAGCAGUGCUGCCCAGGACAGGCUCUGACAAUCUGGGGAGGCUUCCACUCUUAGCACCACAACGCAGUGUGUGGUCUCUUUUGUUUGUUUACAAUUGGCACUGCUCCUAGCCAAUCCUGCCUGCCGAGUGGGAAGUUUUAAGAUUAGGGUGGGGGUGGAGCCUGAGCAGGUGUGUAAUUCAACAGGGGGUGUCCUGGGUACCUUAGGGAGCAUCGUAAACCAUCCCCCUGGCAUGAUGGAGAAAAUUCUCAGGGCUCCCUCACACCGCCCUGAGACCUUCUCUGAGCUGCCAGCUAAGACACACCGGGGCAGGGCAUGUUGAGACCCAAACCCUCCACCCCCACAGGGCUGGUGCAAGGAGGUUUCACGCCCUAGGCGAAACUUCCAACUUGUGCCGCCCUGCCCUGCGGCAGCUCCCUGCCGCUGCCCCCUCCCCUCGGCCCGGGGAGCCGUGUGCAGCAGCUCCCCACCCCAGCUCACCUCUGCUCUGCCUCCUCCCCGAGCACGCUGCCGGCCUGGGAGGGAGAGAAGCAGAGCGGGGAGGCAGAGCAGAGGUGAGCUGGGGCGGAGAGCGGUUCCCCUGUGCGCCUCCCUCCCCCCAUUACUUGCUGCAGGCGGCCCUCCCCGCGCCCCCCAGCCCCAGCUCACCUCCGCUCCACCACCUCCCCCAACCACUUGGCGCCCUAAGGGACCGCCUAGUUCGCCUAGUGGUUGCACCAGCCCUGCACCCCCAGCCUCAUCAACCUGGGGACAGGGAGGGUCUGUCUUUAGUUCUAGAUAAGAUCAAACAGGGAUUUGUGUGUUUUAAUGAUUACAAAAACUAACAAUGUAAACCCAUGGGAGGAUUUUAGAUGAAACGGCAAAUAACCUUUGUUAAAGGGAAGCUACCCCGAGACACCUGUAGGAUGGUGGAGACUGUAUAACACUGAGCUCUUCCAAAUGUUUCCUGAGGCAGAGCUCUGAGCUUGCAGCAGAGCUGCUGUGACUGGAUGUGAUUGCACUCCUUGUAAGGACAACAGGCAGCUUACGCAAUAGUUAUGCCUUUGGGGAGCUCAGUUGACAGUGUCACCUCUGUCGGGGGUUCUCAGAAUAUUGUGCGGCUUAGUGAAAGCACAGAGCUUUGGAAAUGUUUGUAUUUUAUCACUCAGAAAUAGAAUUGGAAGAGAAAUUAGGAAAUUGCUGCUUAUAAAAUCCAGGUCAAUAUUUGAACAUUUGAAAUGUCAAGACCGUGUAACAUUCUCUUAUCAGGAUGGAAAGAUCAGAUCAUUGCAGAGGAAGAGCUUAUACUAAAUAUAAUUGCACAGUGGUGAAUUUAUCACAAACUAUGAUCCCACUAAUAAAUUUAUAUCCUCAGUCUGUUCACUAAGCAGAUGAUUUCAGUACUAAGAUGGUAGGGAUGCUACAGUUUGCCAGUCCAGUUACGUGCCAAUCAAUUUAAGCAACAAUUGAAGAUCUAUUCCAAUCAAAAGUGCAGGGAUGGUGUAGGGAGAGUACACCCAGCAAUAACUCUACGAUUACUGUUUGGAAGUUUAGACACUUAGUUACAAAAAAAUCAGUUUAAAUCAAAAUGGCCUUCCCAGCUACUUAUAACCCAGAGCUAAUCAUCUCCUCCCUAAGUCCACAAAUAUUGAACGCUCAUGCCACAGACUGAACCUCACUCUCUGCGUGAAACAGUUUAAUGUUAUUUUGAGUUUCUCCCCAUAUUCCCCAAUACAAAAAUGGUAUGAACUGCAGCCCAAUUCCAGGAUUGGUGAGGCCUCAUCUGGAGUACUGUGUCCAGUUUUGGGCCCCAUACUUACAAGAAGGAUGAGGAAAAAUUGGAAAGAGUCCAGCGGAGGGCAACAAAAAUGAUUAGGGGACUGGAACACAUGACUUAUGAGGAGAGGCUGAGGGAACUGGGAUUGUUUAGUCUGCGGAAGAGAAGAAUGAGGGGGGAUUUGAUAGCUGCUUUCAACUACCUGAAAGGGGGUUCCAGAGAGGAUGGAUCUAGACUGUUCUCAGUGGUAGCAGAUGACAGAACAAGGAGUAAUGGUCUCAAGUUGCAAUGGGGGAGGUUUAGGUUGGAUAUUAGGAAAAACCUUUUCACUAGGAGUGGGUUACCUAGGGAGGUGGUGGAAUCUCCUUCCUUUGAAGUUUUUAAGAUCAGGCUUGACAAAGCCCUGGCUGGGAUGAUUUAUUUGGGGGUUGGUCCUGCUUUGAGCAGGGGGUUGGACUAGAACCUCCUGAGGUCCCUUCCAACCCUGAGAUUCUAUGAUUCCUGCGAGUUCUUCUGCUGCUUUAGUUUAUACACAUUAAAACAGUGACACCCUGUUGCUUUAAAAAAAAAAUCCACUUUCCGCUUCUUUAUCCCUUGCCUACGAAGUCAUCACUUUUUUGUAACCACAUCCCAGGACGCGUUUUGGCUUUGAUUGCUCUAAAGGGGGGAGCUUGCUCUCAAAUAGCUUCAUUCUGCUGGGCAGGACAGGGCCAGUUCAAUCAACUUUACAGCGAAGUCUUGAAACAAGUUUUGUGCCUCAGACCUUUUCAGUCACUGGCUGAUUUUGAUUCCUUCUGCGGCUCAGCCCCAUUUCCGGUGAGGAGAUGGCGCUGUCCAACGGCCAGCUCUUUAGCUGCCACCUUUUAGCAAUCCAGUGAGACAAACGGAGGCAGUUCUCUGGACAGCCGUUGUCCUAAAGGUACGCCCAGAACAAGAGAGUUCUUUACUUGAAACCCUGGUGUGGAUUUUUCCAAUGUGCAGUUCAGACCCAACGGGACACCUGCUAGGGACACCCUGUUUACUGACAGUGGGUGUUUUUUAACAAACCUCUUCAUUUUCCUCAGGGGCUCUGGCCAGCCGCUGAGAUGGCAAGUCCCCAUCAAUGACUGUCCCCUAACAAACAGGGCCAGCUUUGACUCUGCUCUUCAGACAGUCUGGCCGUGUUCCUUGGACGGGUUUUAGACUUGGUCCAGCUCACUCCUCUAGAUUACUUUUACAAAGGAGGGAAUGAUGCUGUGGGUGUCUUUACUCCUCCUUUGUAGACAACCCCAUUCUGCGGCACAAACCCACACAGCGGGGCUGGCCGUGCAAAGAGAAGUGGAGAAUGGGAGGCUUCUCCCUGACCUAUGGUAGCCAACCUUGGGUGAUUUACUUGCCCCUUACUGACUCCAUCAGUUCGCCUCUCUUCUGCUCAUGAAACUUUUAUUAAAACAAGAUGGAAAUGUUA